CUUGGGUCUUCUACCGCCAUCUCCCUUCAAGAGGAGAACAAGAUUGGAUCCAUACCCCAGAGCCUUGGUAGCAGUCAAUAGUCUCCUGUACUGAAUUGUACUCCCCGCUUGUACAUCCGACGCCGAUUGAGCCCAAAUAAAUUCUCCCCCACCUGCAUGACAGCCCCUCUUCGUCUUUCUCCUCCUUCCCUACCACCUCUUCUUCAUCUCAACCUUCCAUCAUCUUGGGGAUUCUGCAUUGUUCUGUUUGCCUGUCGUCUCUGUAUUGUCUCUUAGUAUUUUCCUUCGUCUUUUGUGUCUUCUUCGACGCUCAGACUGCCAAAAAAAAAAGUUCUCCUUUCUUCACUCAAUUCCCACAUCCCCAACAACAAUACACAAUGGCCGCCAACGGUACCAACGGAGUCAAUGGCUCCUCCCACCACAACCAGGGAAGAUUUCUCUUCACCUCCGAGUCUGUCGGCGAGGGCCACCCCGACAAGAUCGCUGAUCAGGUCUCUGACUCAAUUCUGGAUGCUUGCCUGGCUGAGGACCCCCUCUCCAAGGUUGCCUGCGAGACUGCCACCAAGACUGGUAUGAUCAUGAUCUUCGGCGAGAUCACCACCAAGGCCAAGCUUGACUACCAGACCGUCGUCCGCAACGCCAUCAAGGACAUUGGCUACGAUGACUCCUCCAAGGGUUUCGACUACAAGACCCUCAACCUGCUGGUCGCCAUUGAGCAGCAGUCUCCCGACAUCGCCCAGGGCCUGCACUACGAGAAGGCUCUCGAGGAGCUCGGCGCCGGUGACCAAGGUAUCAUGUUCGGCUACGCCACCGACGAGACCCCUGAGCUCUUCCCCCUCACCCUGCUCCUCGCCCACAAGCUGAACGCUGCCAUGUCCGCCGCCCGCCGCGACGGCUCCCUGCCCUGGCUGCGGCCCGACACAAAGACCCAGGUCACCAUUGAGUACGAGCACGACAACGGUGCCGUCGUACCCAAGCGUGUCGACACCGUCGUCGUCUCUGCUCAGCACUCCGAGGACAUCACCACCGAGCAGCUGCGCAAGGAGAUCAAGGAGAAGAUCAUCAAGAAGGUCAUCCCCGCCCAGUACCUCGAUGACAAGACCAUCUACCACAUCCAACCCUCCGGCCUGUUCAUCAUCGGUGGUCCUCAGGGUGAUGCCGGUCUCACUGGCCGUAAGAUCAUUGUCGACACCUACGGUGGCUGGGGUGCCCACGGUGGUGGUGCCUUCUCCGGUAAGGAUUUCUCCAAGGUGGACCGGUCCGCUGCCUACGUGGGCCGCUGGGUCGCCAAGUCCCUCGUGGCUGCUGGCCUCGCUCGCCGCGCCCUCGUCCAGCUCUCCUACGCCAUUGGUGUCGCGGAGCCCCUGUCCAUCUUUGUCGACACCUACGGCACCUCCUCCAAGUCCAACGACGAGCUCGUGGAGAUCAUCCGCAACAACUUCGACCUCCGCCCCGGCGUCAUCGUCAAGGAGCUGGAUCUGGCCAAGCCUAUCUACUACCAGACGGCCAAGAACGGCCACUUCGGCACCAACCAGAGCUUCAGCUGGGAGAAGCCCAAGGCCCUCAAGUACUAGGCGCCUCGCAAUACAGCCGGAAAGAUUCAACGUCUUUCCCGCUUGCUUUUAACUACAUGACUUGACAGCAAAAGGCUCACGCGUUGAGCCGUUUUGCCUGGUACACAUUAAUGUUUUGAACGCAGGACAAGUGACGAAAAGAGGCGUUCGGUUCUCAACAAACCUGAUUUUGGGCGGUUCGACCCUGGGUAGGGUUAUUUUCAUCGAGAAUUUCUAACUAGGCGUUGCGAAGAAAUUUUGUUCGGGAUUGGUUCCGUCUAGCUUGGCUAUUCACAGAGGGAGAGAGAUCCAUUGGGAGCGGCGUCUUUCAACAGAGACAUGGCUGGCAUUUACAAGAUAAGAUACCACUCAACGGGGCAUUUACGAUCGGCGUUUUGGGGAAACAAAAGAAUUUCAACAUACUUUGCUUCCUGCGUGCCGAUGAAGCCUGAAGGGUACGGGAUGCAGUGGCUAGAGGAAGGUAGCGAAGUGGCUAGAGGAGGCUGUCGACCAUUUUGGUUCCGACGGCCUGAGACGGCACUUGCUUUAAUGGCUUGGGACUCGGAGAGUAUUUGGAAAUGACAAUAUACAAUCCAGGUCUGCCAAC